UGUACAUGCAUAAACUACUGGCAGACCUUAUUACAGUACUACGCAGCGACACGACAACAUGGAACCAUGUUCUACAAACGGUGUUUUCGUAACGGUGGCACUGAUCUUGGCUGUUGCUACUCAGGUCAUCUGUUCAAUACUCGGAACCUCUCAAGAGCACGUAGGACAGGGAGGCUGUCAUAGUGAACGUUGUAUAUAUAGCAAGAGUCUACAGUGUGACGAAACGCCAGAAGUCACUGAAUACCACACUGAUACAGAGGGAGUGGAGAGACAGAACCAAUUGGCCAAAGAUUGUAAAGAUGAUCUCAAAGAACUUGUGAUGGAAUUCAUAAGAGAACAAGCGAAAAAUGACGGAAAGAAAAUUAAGCAAUGGCUAGAUGACAACAUCGGCGAAAAAGUAACGUACAAUAAAGAUACCAACACGUACUACUUGACGGUCCAUAGCUCGACCACAAGAGGAGAUCCAAGGGAAGCGAAGAUAGAGGUUCGGGCAAAGUUUCACCAACCGCAAGUUGUGUAUAAGAAAAAAAAUGAAGAAACUGGUGAAGAAGAAGUUGUGAAGGUUGACGGGAAAGUGGUUUACGUUGAUGAUCCUGACAGAGAUGUAUUUCCUGAUAAUGAAUUUGACAUAAUUUAUUUGAAGAAGAUUAAAAGCUGGUGGAAUCCAAGUGGCGAAGGUUACCCUACCUAUUCAACUGAGGAAGGUAGAGAGGAUAGAGAGCGGAAGAGGAAGGAGCGACGGGAGCUAGAAGCAGCUGAAAAGGCUGAAGAAGCUGCUAGAGCAGCUGCUAAAGCAAGACAGUUUCAUUACGUAAUGGCUAGGGUGGUGAAGGAACAAAUGAAAUCAUUUCGUAAUUCGAUAGUUCAGUCUCCCGGAGUCAGAGCAGCAAGAGAAUCAAUCAAAUCAUUCGGCAAUAAAAUGAAGAGUAUAUUUUCAGGGAGUUUGUUUCGGCGGGGUCGAAGAACGUCGGAGUCAAAUUAUUCUUCGGAUCAACCGGGAACUCAUGUAGAUCAACCAGCAGCUACUGAUGGUCAACCGGCAACUCCUGCAGCUCAACCGGAAGCUACUGCUAGUCAACCGGAAACUCCUGCAGAUCAACCGGCAGCUACUGCUGGACAACAGAAAACUUCUGGACGUAAAACGGUGACAUUUCAAGUCAAGCGAUGAUAUAAAUGAUAACAUGGAUUAAAUAAAUAAAUAAAAAAUCUAUUCCA